AUGCAGCAGAUCUACAUGCACACCAACGAGCACUUUGAUGUCUUCACCACCGUGCUGGCUCCCCAAGGGAGAUGUCAUUUCAUUGCUGAAGUUGAAAAGAUGGUGGCGGUGCACACAUACGCGCCCCAGUGGCCAGACGAGCUGCAGCUGACGCCCGGUGACGUAGUGCUGGUCCUAUCACAGCACGAGGAGGGUCGCUGGUUCGGGCGCCUCGCGGACGGGCAGCGGGGGUACUUCCCAGCGUCGUGCGUCAUGGAGCUGAGCCAGUCUAAAACACAAAGUCUCCGGAGGACUGUGUCACUGAGGAGUACGGUUUCAGAUGAUGCCGCUGUCCGGAGAAGAUACCAAACUGGACACGUUCAGCAGGCCCUCAGGAGGGGCAGCAGAGCAGGAGGAGGGGCCCUGGACUGGAGCCAGUCUGACAGCGAGGGCCCCGUCGCAGCUCCACACACACAGCGGUCGCCCAGUCUCCUCCACAGGAUCCUGUCCAAGUGCCGCAGGAAGAGCCAGUGCCAGGGAGCCACCAAUAGUGCCUUUGAGGGUGACUAG